GAUACGAUCCAAUCAAAAUGCGUUUUACAACUUGCGACAGCUGCCCGUCCUUGACCUUACCACAUCACUCAGCCGGCGGUAGUGAAUCAACAUUAGAGAGAAGCGUGGUCUCGUGGAUAAAGUAAACGUCCAGAAUGUCGGAAACUCUGAAAGUCUUGGUGACUGGCGCCGCAGGGCAGAUUGCCUACUCCCUUGUCAUUGCCAUAGCCAGAGGAGAGGUGUUUGGAACAAACCAGGCUCUGGAUCUUGUUCUGUUGGACAUCGCGCCCAUGAUGGGCGUGCUCAAUGGAGUGGUGAUGGAACUGCAGGACUGUGCUCUCCCUCUUCUCAAAAGUGUGAUUCCCACCUGUGAUGAGAGUGUUGCCUUCAAGGACGUCGAUGUUGCAUGUCUUGUGGGCUCCAUGCCACGGAGAGAGGGAAUGGAACGCAAGGAUCUCCUCGCCGCCAAUGUCAAGAUCUUCAAGACACAAGGCAACUCAUUGGACAAGUAUUCAAAAAAAUCUGUGAAGGUAGUGGUUGUAGGUAACCCAGCCAACACAAACGCAUUAAUCUGUUCUAAAUAUGCUCCAUCCAUCCCGAAAGAGAACUUUUCCUGCCUGACCAGACUGGACCAGAACAGAGCCCAGUCACAGAUCGCUGCCCGCGUGGGCGUUCAAGUGGCCGAUGUCAGCAACGUCAUCAUCUGGGGCAACCACUCUUCCACGCAGUUCCCCGACAUUGGCCAGGCCAAGGUCAAGGUACAGAACGAGGUGAAGGACGUACGAAGUGCUGUCAAAGAUGACAACUGGCUCAACAAUGAAUUCAUCCAGACGGUGCAGAAGCGAGGGGCCGCAGUCAUAGCUGCCAGGAAGCUCUCCAGUGCGAUGUCGGCUGCCAAGGCAAUCUGUGACCACCUCCGAGACUGGUGGUUUGGCACCAAGGAGGGCGCCAUCACAUCAAUGGGGGUAAUCUCUGAUGGAUCGUACGGGAUCCAAGAGGGUCUUGUCUACAGUUUCCCAGUUACGAUUGCUGCAGAUAGGAGUUACACAAUUGUUAAGGGUAUUGCUAUUGAUGACUUUGCCCGAGAGAAGAUGGACGCCACACAGAAGGAGCUUGUCGAGGAACGCGACAUGGCCAUCAGUGUCUGUCAAGAUUGACUGUUCGGACCCAAACUAUAGAAUCUGUCUACUAACACUUCUUGUAUUUAAGCCCUGGUGGUUGACCAUCAGCUCUGUUCCAGGAAUGGUAUGUCUAUAGGAUUUAUCUAGUUGUGAUUGUCAAGUUUGCAGUCAGUGUCAUUACAAAUUCUCAAAUUUUGAAAAAGAUAUGUGCCAGGCAAGGGCACCUAGUUUGGAAUGCUAGAUAAAUCCCUGGUCCUACUUAACUGUGGAUGAAAGCUGAUGAGCAAAUUAGAACAUUAAAAAAGGCAUUUUUGUAAAUGUGUGUGUAUGUAUGUGAAACCAGUUCACACCACUGUGUUACUUACAGCAUUACUUUAAAUCUGUCGAGGUCAUGACAAGGCUAGUCAUUAAAUUAAAACAUUUGUAGUGGUUACAGUAACCCAUUAAUUUUGAAUGUAUAUAGGUGUGAUGUUUGGUUUGUGAUCUCACAUCGAUACCUGGAAUCAUUGAAAGUGACGAUGACGUUGAUUGAAAUAUCAGGGCAUAAAUACUUGAACAUACCAUACAGAAUGACCUGUAUGCAAUAAGAGAUAUAGUUUUAUUGUGGUCAUUUUAUAAUCCUUCUAUUAUAUAUCCAGCUUGUGAGUCAGGUGUUGAGCUGGGUUUAUAGAGAGCUCAGAGUACCUUUCUGUUGAUUUGUCCAAAUGCUCAUCUAGAUCAUUGUCAGUGCUAUGAAAUAAAACAGGAACCAUA